CGGAUGAGGGCGCUUCUCCUCUGCUCUCCUCUGCUCUCCGGCGCACAAACGCGCACACUUUCUCCGCCUGUGUGCGCUCCAGCAGGACGGGAUGAUCGGCGAAAAAAUAAGGAAAACUCACACUUCUUAAGGUAGUGGCUCAUGUGGAAAUCUUGAGUUUUGGAAAGGGGGGGUGGCGGGUCUGGUCUCACACGGGGCUGGAGUGAAGCAGCGGGACUCGUGCCUGUUGGAGCUGUCGCUGACCAUCAGAUGACCAACUUCUGAAAAGUCGAUCUCUGCGCUGUCCUUGCGCGUUUUUCAGCUCGAGACUACGCAAUCACAUCAUGGCUGUCUCGUGCGCCUCCGCCAGCCUCCUGCUCCUACUCGCAAUCUCCUCGCUGGAUUGGCUCUCUCCAGCAUCUGCAUUUCUCACUGAUUGGGACCACAUGACAUCAGCCCCCCUUGGACCUCACAUCACAGAGUGCAUAUCAAGGGACCAGGAGACGUUCCGCUGUUGGUGGAGUCCAGGCACCUUCCAGAACCUGUCUUCCCCAGGAGCACUCAGACUCUUCUACAUCAAGUCUCCCAUGACUAAAUGGAAGGAAUGUCCUGAGUAUAUCGAUGAAAAUAGGGAAUGCUUCUUUGAUGCAAACCACACAUCCAUCUGGAAACCCUACUGCAUGCAGCUCCGCAGCCAAGACAACACCACCUUCUUCAGUGAAGAUGACUGUUUCACUGUGGAGAAUAUUGUGCGUCCCGACCCGCCAGUGUCCCUGAACUGGACCCUGCUGAAUGUGAGUCCCUCUGGGCUGAGUUACGAUGUCAUGGUCAGCUGGGAGCCCCCACCCUCCGCAGAUGUCGAGAGAGGCUGGAUGCGUAUUGAGUAUGAGCUCCAGUACAGAGAGAGGAACGCCACAAACUGGGAAGCACUGGAGGUGCAGCCCAACACUCAGCAGACGAUCUACGGCCUGCAAAUAGGAAAAGAGUUUGAGCUGCACAUCCGCUGCCGGAUGAAAGCCUUCACUAAGUUCGGCGACUUCAGCGAGUCCAUCUUCAUUCAAGCGACAGAGAUUCCUAGCCAAGGGCCUGCUGUCCUGCUCACUCUGGUUCUUAUUUUCGGGAUUGUGGGAAUAUUUAUACUCAUUUUGCUGAUAGUUCUCUCGCAGCAGCAGAGAUUAAUGAUGAUCCUGUUGCCGCCCGUUCCUGCACCUAAAAUCAAAGGCAUCGAUUCAGAGAUGUUGAAGAAGGGGAAAUUGGAGGAGCUGAACUUUAUCCUGAGUGGUGGCGGUAUUGGCGGCCUGCCACCUUAUUCAGACGCUUUUUACCAAGAUGAGCCGUGGGUGGAGUUCAUUGAGGUUGAUGAGGAGGAUGCAGACGUCAGAGAGGACAGUCAGGGCUCAGACACCGAAAGACUUCUGGCUCUGCCCCAGUCCGUCAGCCACAGGACCGUCGGCAGCUCCAACAGCAUCAGCCAACCCAGUGAUGACUCAGACCAGCCCAGCUGUUACGCUGCAGAUCUACACGAACGAGACAACCAAAUAUGGAUGGGCUCCCUGCUGCCGGGCCAGCCCGAAGACGGAGACCCCUCCCUGAACGCUGCAGAGCAAGCCCCGGCCUCGGAGAGAGGGGACAGACCCCUCAUUCAAACCCAGACUGGAGUACCGCAGACUUGGGUCAACACAGACUUCUACGCCCAAGUCAGCAAUGUCAUGCCCUCUGGCGGGGUGGUGCUGUCCCCCGGUCAGCAGCUCAGAACCCAGGACGGCUCAACCUCCGAGAAGGAAUCGCAAAAGAAGGGAAAACAAAGUGAUGAAGGCGAGGAGAAUGAGGACCGGAAGCCAAGAGAGCCUCAGUUUCAGCUGCUGGUGGUGGAUGCAGAGGGAGGCGGCUACACCACUGAGAGCAACGCCCGGCAGAUCGGCACUCCCCUCGACGCUCCCAUGCCUGGGGAGGGAUACCAAACCAUCCAGCCAACACAGUCCAAACCUGCAGCCACCACAGAUGCCAGUCAGUCGCCUUACAUUCUCCCCGACUCCCCUCCCCCCCAGUUCCUUGCCCCUGUAGCAGACUACACGGUGGUGCAGGAGUUGGACACUCAUCACAGUCUGCUCCUCAACCCGCCUCCUCGCCAAUCCCCCCCUCCCUGCCUGCCCCAGCACCCUCUCAAAGCCCCUAUGCCUAUAGAGUACGUUACACCAGACCUGCUGGGGAACUUUUCUCCGUGAACUGACUCCAGAGCCGAACUGUAGGUGUAAGACAUAUUAAACAGGAAGUCCCUUGCAGUCGCCCCUACCUGAUUCCUGCUACAAACCAAAAAACCUUGCAAACACACUGAGCGGAUGAGCACGUGCAGCUGUCGGUUUUCAGUGGAAGCUCAGGGGGAGACAGGAAAACCUGCACAAUGUACUCUAACUGUUUUCGAUCCGCUAAAUUAUCAUGAUGAAGAAACAGCCAAAAGGCAACAUCAUUAACUAAAUGCACAGUUUGCUCUCGUUGCCAACACCCAUGCGUCCAUGCAUGAUUGUCGUGAGUGCGCCUUUGAUAAACUGCCUUAGAUUGCAUUACAUCUGUGGCGAAUUGUACUUAGAGCAAUGACAUUAUUGAAGUCUUAAUCUUGUUGCCGUACUGACCGGGGCGAGCACAAGCACGUCAUGUUUAUAACUGACUGACAUGCUGAUGCUGACAGCAUUCGCCCUGCGAGAUGAUUGCCACUCACAUUUCCAGUCUCAUCAUUUCAUCUUAUUAGUACCUCAGCAUAGUUAUAUUUUUGUAAAAAAAAAAAAAGAAAAAGAAAAGAAAAAAACUAUAUGAAACACAGCUAUGCAGAUUCACAUCUCUGGCUUUACUUUCUCAAAGCUGAUCACGCCGUCAUGAAUACGUGGCCAAACCUGGACUAUAUGAUAUCAGAACAUUGCAUUUAACGGAAAAAACAUUGGAUACUUUCUUACAGAAAUGAGAGGUCAGUGCAAGGACUUGCCAACAGGAUCCCUGCUAUCUCUUUCUCUAGCUUGAAAGGAAGUCUGGGAAAUGGAGUUCUUUUUUUUUUUUUUUAAUUUUGAUUUUAUUUUCACGUUGGCCGACCAUAAAGUGUAUCACAACUCUGCCUGAAAGGGAUUGACUCACAGCUGGGAGUCAGUCUGUGCAAACUGUGCUGUAUAGGCAUGUGUAGGCAGCACCACCAGGUGUCUUGCUCAAAGGCAUGUUGGCCCAUACAGCUGCCACAUGCCACACAUCUUUUUUUGGUCAGGCUCUGUGAGUGGGAGGUGUAUUCUUGUCAUGUUGUGCUUUUAUUGCAAGGACAGCAACUGGAACAAGUUGAAAGGCUGUGAACGUGUAAAAUAAAUGUACAGUAAUUAGCCAACACUAUAUUAUCUGCCACGAAAACACCAUUUAAAAACCUGUGCCUACUAUAGUGAUAUUUGGCUUACCUUUUCAGUGUUAUGGUACUAUGCUAUGUGACUUGGAUUUCUCCAUUUAUGCAUUGCUGUAAAGAUGAAUCGGUUCAAAUCCCUCAUGUACAAAUAAGCUAUGACCGUAAAGCCCUGCACAAGCGCUUAGAGACACAUGAAUGCACGCGUAUAUAUUCAAACACUGCAUUAAAAAAAGUUGCCUUAAUUACAAAUUGUAAGUAAUUUUGCCUUUUGUAAGCUGAAACCACAAUCUAAGAAUCUGAAAUGUUAAUCACAGUUUGACAGAGUUUCUCGUUUUGAGCUGAUCCGGCUAGCAACAUGUGUGUAAUUAAGCAUGGAUGCCAUACUUUUCUAAGAGUAACUCAAUUCAGGGCAUUUUUUAUGCAAAAGUUGUUGCCUAAUCAACUUAUUUACCUGCAUUAGCUUAUAUAAAAAAGUCUAUCAGUUACUGCAUAAGCCUUAUAUAAUUAUCUGUGUGAAUUACACAAGAUUCGAUUCUCCUUAUGUUUUUCUCCUUUGAAUUAUGUCAUAAAGACCUCACAAUAUGCCACAAAUCCAACAAAAUAGGAUAUUGUGAACUAGACGUCAAAACGCUCAUCUUUUAUCGAAUGUUUUGUGAUGCGACACAACAGUUUUUAUUCAGGGUCAUGACUGAAUCAAAGGUAUUGUUAUUGCAUCAAGUCCUCUGCCUUCAUAUGAACUACUCACUGCGAACAAAACAUAACGUCAAAAAUAAAAAAAUUUAAAAAAGAAACUCUUUCAGCUGGCGAAUUAUGCUGUUUCAGCAUAAUUCAUAAAAAGACCAAUAACUUGGAGGGAAUACUUUAGGUUUUGUAUCAGACAAUCCCGUAAGAAAGAGAGGCAAAGCAAGAGCCAUAGAAAGACAGUUUUGAUAUGUGAACCAGAUACAAAUGUGCCAUUUUUUUCUCUCUGUCUCUCUUUUAUCUUUGAAAGGGAAAAAAAGGGAAAAAAAAAAAACAAACCGCUCUGUUGCUGCUGCCCUGUGCAGACGAUACCAGCAAGUUAAUGCUGUUGCAGAAAUGUCUUAAUAUAUUCACUAGUGCUGUAAAAAAGAAAAAAAAAGAUCAUAAGUGUAUAUUUUUAUGUCAUUGUUACGAGUCACAGUGUAUUUGCUGCUUGUUACAGGCGUAUUUCCUACGCUCAGCCUCACUGUGGUGGGAAGGGCUCAGUCGAGAGACCACAACCGUCACACAACAUGCAAGUUCUAUGCGACCGAUCAUUUUAAAACAACACUAGACAAACGGGUACAUCGGGGAUUCGGUUCAGUUAUUUUUUCCGCUUAACUGUUAUAUUGCAAAAUGAAAUUCAGACACAAUGUUCACGCCCACCCACGGAUCCCAGAAUGCUUUUAAUGUUUUUGAAGGAAGAUCAGACAAUGGAGCAAAGCAUUGUCUAGACUCUGUUUCAGUUGUACAGCGGUGAAUGUGAAUGUGUAACUGGAAUAUGGGAUGUGAUUACAAAAGUGAGAAAUUACAGUGUUUGUGAUGGUGACAGUUUGACAGAUAAAUUGGGAGGUGUGCUUUAUUUUUCUUCAAGCUUACUGUACAGAUGUUUACUAUAUUGAGUUGGGUUUUUUUUUUUUGCCACUUCACUGCACCCAUUUAUAAUGUAAAAAAAAAAGUGUUUUUGAAGCCUAUAAAUGUUGAAGACACUUUAGAGGAAGCACUUUGUACACAUACAGUAUAUAUGUGAUGUUUAAGAUAGUAUUCAGAUUUUGUAUUUUUGACUAAAUCAAGUUUGUGAUUUACAUGUUACUAUAAAGCAGCAUCAUGUUUUCCAGCUAGCACAGUAACCAGACAGGGAGGAACCAUCAAUAUGAAUAAGCUUUAGAUCUGGUCAACCGAGUUUGUGUUUAUCAAACAUAUUUUAUGGUAACAGAUUGUUAGAAUUAUGUACUAUAAUGGAGUAUUUGAUGUUUACUAGAGACUUUAUGGAUAGUUAAAGCAGAUAGAUCAUAUAUGAAGUCAUAUCAAAAUAUAAGUGGGGUGAAUUAGUUAUAUUGUCACUCUGCAUUCUUACUUUUUUCCCUUUUAUGUGAUUUCAGUCUUUCUUUUUAUUGAGAAGAGCAUCAUGAGGUUGAGUUCUUUAUGAUGACGUGUUUUUGCGUGC